AUGACAAUAGACGAAGCCAAUCUAAUCAAACUUCCAAGCAUCCCACAUGUCACCGUUCUUUUCUCAUCGCCGCGACCUCCUCCCACAACACCUCUGCAAGAUCAAGAUAUUGCCUACUAUACAAUACAGUUUGUCCAGACACCCGGAAGAAUGUUUACUAGUCAUAAUAGCCAGAUAAAUUGUUGUGUCGGUUCUUUUCAGCACUCCUCAAUUUUCAGCCUCGCAUCGUCAACGAUUUGCCGACUUUCUCCUUGGCCGAUUGCAUCACCGGAACAAGCAUCUCAUGCCAUGUCUGCCCGUUCCACAUUACAACUCGCUAUUCUUGCAAUUGCCCACACGACUUUCGGGCGAUCGACAAAGAAUCUUGCUGCUUUAUCAAUUGGGAGUAAGAUAUACUCACAAGCCCUGGCGGCAACGAAUCUAGCGCUGAGAAACUCAGAGAGAGUCGUAAUGGAUGAAGUCAUUCUUACCGUUCUCCUUUUAAGUCAUUUUGAGAAUUCCGUGACCCAAAAAGCUCAAUUUGUCGCCAAAGACAUCAAGAUUAUAGCUGCGAAGGCUUUUAACCAUCAUGAUGGCGCGAUUGCAAUUUUAAAUUUACGACUGCAAAGCCAGCAAGAGUCAUAUCGAUCGCAUUAUUCAAUUCUUCCAACCCAUUCCAGCAACUCCAGCACCUCCCAUAAAAACUCUGGGUCGGAAUUAGACAAGAUUACAAGGCGACACUUAGUUCGUUCGCUCCUGCUCAGAAGCAUGCCGAUACCAAGUUGGCUGAAGAAUGGAAGAGUCUUCGGGGAGAUAGGCUCAAGCUUAGUUCUUGAUCAGUGUUUAGUUGAAGUCGCCGAUUUGGGGUGUUGUGUGAGCCAUGCUUCUAUUGGUCUUGACGGUAUUUCUGCAAGAGGAAGUGGGCAGAUUACUACAAAGAUGCGCGGCUUAUUGGUACUAGCACAAGAGUUGGAAACGAAAUUGGUCAGAUGGGCUAAGGAAGUACCGAUGGUGGAUUAUUGGAGUACUUUUCGAGUGACGGUAGAUGAUGAUGACGAGCCUGGCGCAAAUGAUGUCUUUGAUCAAAUGGUUCAUCUAUAUCCCUCGAUUAGCCAUGCCGCAAUGUGGGCUCAAUAUCGUGCUAUCCGUCUUCACAUGAAUGACAUCAUACUGAAAGUCUUUCACAGCGAAAUAGAGUCUUCAAAACCUGACACCAAGUUCCAAGAAGAUAUCGUUAUACUGAAUAUGGAGAAACUAGCUCUGGAUUUCUGCGCCAGUCUACCGUUUGUUCUGGGAUGGAUUGAACUUGGAGGGACAGGUAUGAAAAUGGUACGCAAGGGACGAAGAAAUGCAGUUAAGGCUAGCACGGCUAGUUUGGUUUGCUGGCCGUUGACUGUGUCAACAAUAGUCUCUGAGAUUCCAGAGCAACAUCGAUCAUAUCUGAAGAGCCGUUUACGAGAUGUCAGCGAACUUGUCGAUGAUGGGGUUUUGGAGACAAUUGCUCAUUUAUGA